AUGGCGGCGCCCGGCCGCCCGCCGCCCGGCCGCCAGGCCCGGCCCUCGGCGCGCCCUGGAUACCCGGCACCUGAUGGCCGCGCCGGCGGGCCUGAGCGCACGACGGGCUCACGCUCCCGCCCCGGUGCCCUGCUGCCCGCUCGCGCCUGCUUCCGCUGCCCCGGCGGCUCGCUGGUGGGAUCCCCGGAAGCACGACGCAGGCCGCCGUGGAGCCGAGCGCGCGGGCCCGAGCCUCCGCGCUGGGUCCGCCGUACGCCAAGAUGGCGGCGGCGCACUUCCGUCGCGUACUUCCGGCCCCGCCCGCGCCCGCGCCCGUUCGGUCCGGAUUGGCCACGCCGGCGGCCCGUCGUGUCGCUCUGCGGAACCGUCGGAGCGACGCCGCGCUCAGUCGGCGGCUCUGGAGGGAAGAUGGACGCAGCUACUCUGACCUACGACACUCUCCGAUUUGCUGAGUUUGAAGAUUUCCCCGAAACCUCGGAGCCUCUUUGGAUCCUGGGUAGGAAGUACAGCAUCUUCACAGAAAAGGACGAGAUCUUGGCCGACGUGGCGUCGAGACUUUGGUUUACAUACAGGAAGAACUUCCCGGCCAUCGGGGGCACCGGCCCCACCUCGGACACGGGCUGGGGCUGUAUGCUGCGGUGUGGACAGAUGAUCUUUGCCCAAGCCCUGGUGUGCCGGCACCUGGGCCGAGACUGGAGGUGGACGCGGCGGGCGAGGCAGCCGGACAGCUACUUCAGCGUCCUGCGCGCGUUCCUGGACAGGAAAGACAGCUGCUACUCCAUCCACCAGAUAGCACAAAUGGGAGUCGGCGAGGGCAAGUCCAUCGGCCAGUGGUACGGGCCCAACACCGUCGCCCAGGUCCUCAAGAAGCUCGCCGUCUUCGACACGUGGAGCGCCCUGGCCGUUCACGUAGCGAUGGACAACACGGUGGUGAUGGAGGACAUCAGAAGGUUGUGCAGGAGCAGCCUUCCUUGUGCCGGGGCCGCAGCGUUUCCUGCAGAUUCCGACCGAUACUGUAACGGGUUCCCGGCUGGGGCCGAGGUCAGCAGCAGGCCGUCGCCAUGGAGACCCCUGGUGCUGCUCAUCCCGCUGCGCCUGGGGCUCACGGACAUCAACGCGGCCUACGCGGAGACACUGAAGCACUGCUUCAUGAUGCCCCAGUCCCUGGGCGUGAUUGGAGGGAAGCCCAACAGUGCCCGCUACUUCAUCGGCUACGUGGGUGAGGAACUCAUCUACCUGGACCCUCACACCACGCAGCCAGCCCUGCAGGCCGCUGAGCACUGCCCGAUCCCGGACGAGAGCUUCCACUGCCAGCACCCGCCCAGCAGGAUGAGCAUCGCGGAGCUCGACCCGUCCAUCGCCGUGGGGUUUUUCUGUGGGACCGAGGACGACUUUAACGACUGGUGCCAGCAAGUGAAAAAGCUGUCCCUCCUUGGAGGCGCCCUGCCGAUGUUUGAGCUGGUGGAGCGGCAGCCUUCCCACCUGGCCUGUCCUGACGUCCUGAACUUGUCCUUAGAUUCUUCUGACGUAGAGCGACUGGAAAGAUUCUUCGACUCAGAAGAUGAAGACUUUGAAAUCUUGUCCCUUUGAGGAUCCUGCAGCUA